AUGUGUGGCCAGACUCAUCCUUAUGAGUCGCAAUACUGUCCGAAGAUCAAGUCAGUCCCAACUCUUCUUGAACACUUCAAUCGAAACUGGUACCAAGAACACGCCGGCUUGGGCGGGCUGUUUCCGUGGGAGAAAGGUGCGGACAAGCGCAUGCAAGAGCAUGCCCUCGGGUUCUGGAAUUACCAAUCAAAGUCGGAUGUCGAAAAAGUCCAAGAUUAUAUCCACGACGACGAGGACGACUUUGUUACCCUCAAGGAUGCACACAGUCCCGCGCCCGACGUUCCCGAGUUGCUCGCGCGUAUCGAAGCACUCGAAAUGCAGGCGAAAAAGGACCGAGAGGAAGUCGAAAACUGUCGGGUGGAUGCCCAGCUCGCUACGCACGAGUUGAAGCAGCUAAAGGACGAAGUCCAGGCCCUCAAGGCGCAAGUGGAGAAGCCGACGGAUUGGUCAAAGGAGAUGCUUGAGCUCAGAGUAGAUCUUACGAAGCUCAAAUUGGCGACUGACGGGAUUGAGGAGCUGGUGCAACAGGUCACGGAGUUCAAGAGGGAGGUUCAUGAUCUUACCUUCAAUAAGCGACGCGCAACUGAUCCAGUCAAGCAUUCCGGCAUGAUCCCUCCCACCCACAUGUCGCUGAAUCGGGCGGACUCCUCUGUCACUGAAAAUGACUCCAAGGCCGUCAAGGCUCCAUCAAAUGCCAACAAGACUCCCCGUACGGCUGGAAAUUCGCGCGAAGCCACCUCCCGCACAAAGCCUGGUUCACACCUGGAGUUCAAUUUCAGCUGGUCCACUGGCAACACCUAA